AUGGGCGCGUGGAUGUCCUGGCUGAUCCUGUUACAGCUGUGGUCGUCGGUGCUUGUCCACGGCUACGACAACGUGGGAUUCGACGGCUGGUAUCAACCGGUUCCGCAUCGGCCGGUCGACAUCAUCACGGACGUUAUUAACGACCUAGGCGUGCGGAUUCUCCAGCAGUACACGGCGCACGGGAACGUUGCAUUCUCGCCAACGGGGGUUGGCUUCGUCCUGGCAGCGCUCUACGAGGGCUCUGCCGGCAGAGGAAGACAGCAGAUCGCCGAUGCCCUGGGUCUGCCUCGCGACAGGGACGUCACGAGGAUCGGUUUCAGAGACGUUCAUCGUAGAUUGAGAACGUAUCUGAACGCAGAUGGGUUCCUCGGAGGAUUGACGCUGAACCAAGAGAACACGAAACUGAGGGCAGAGUACGAGGAUAUUCUGAGGUUCUACGGGUUCAAUUUGUCUAUUCCCGAAGAGGAAACGGACGAGAGUACUAGUACUCCUUUGCAAGAAACGACCGAGGAAGCUACGACGGAAGUUAGGACACCAAUUUCUGAAGAAACUACUACAAUGCCUACCACCACUACCGUGCAAAGUUCCGAAACUAACGAGGAAACAAUGCCGACUACUAUGAUGGUUGAGAUGAUUGGAAUGACCUUGAACACCAUAGAUGCGCAGGACAAGUUGACACAGACUACUCCUGGUAACGGAAUUCUGGUGGACGAUGCUUCUACUACUAGUGCAAGUAUUACGUCAACAAUUCCUACUGCAACAACCACUCAACCCACGACAACUCCAGAAAUUUCGAGUUCAAUCACUUCGUCAACUUUGUCGACUACUACUACACCUAGUAUUACUAUUACUUCUACUACACAAGCUGCUACACUUGCUCCAGCUCCAACGAUGAUGGACGCAGUACCAGAAUCAACAACACCUAGCAGUCAGACAACAGAAUCUAUCGAACCACCUAUCCCAGAGUCAACGACCACGUCAACGAUGACAGCCACAAUUAUCACGACAUCGUCAACUAUUUCACCGAUCAACGUCACGGAAGCAGCUACUACCACGAGUUCAAUGAUCCCAACCCAAGCGGACGAGGCGUCUACUACUGUUGUGUCCACGAAUGGACCAGCAGCUGCCAAUGAGAAUACCGUUUCAACGGAUUCUCCGAACAAUCAGUCUAUCCCAACUGAGAUAGGAUCUACCGAUUUGCCAGUCACGACCACUGCCACAGGUGAAAUUGGCUCCACUGGACAGCUGACCACUGUAGGCGUGAUGAAUAGAAAGAAACGUAGCGUCAGGACCCCGAGGGGAUUCUUCUCCAGUUACCCAGACGAAGGAAUCUGGAUGCAAGAUCUAGGCAUCUGGAAGCCUUAUUCUCCCAGUUUGAACGAAGCCUCCGUCAGGGACUCAACCGAGAUAUCGUUCCUGGUGAACGGCUGCGACGUCUCUUCAGUAACUGCCUCCAGAUACUUCGCUGUUUUACCAUUUGCCUACUUCCCAUCGCUCCACGCUGUCGCCCUUGAAUUUCCUCUCGACGAUCCAAGGUAUAAUAUCCUGCUCAUGAUGGCCACAGACAGGAGGGAUACCUAUAGGCUGGCCAGAGACCUAGGGGGGAAGUCGCUCAGGCUAUUGCGGAAGCAGUUACAGGCGACUUGGGUCAGGGCCACCAUUCCGUCUUUCAUGUUACGUGGUUUCGUCACCUUGACGUCCUUUCUCCAGAGGUUGGGAAUUGUGGACGUGUUCGAGCCAAGAGCAGCAGAUCUCUCGCCAAUGACACCUGAUCUAGGUGUGUACGCCAGAGACGUGCAACAGAGCAUAGGAGUGAACAUCAGGAAUUACAUGAAACCAGACAGGACCCACUCUCGUAAUGGAUUGUUCGAGAGAGCAGGACCAGUGCCAUUCACGGUCGUUCAUCCCUUCCUCUAUUUCAUCGUGGACGCGGAAACUUCGGUAGUCCUGAUCGCUGGUCGCGUCAACGAUCCAUUAAAUUCGCGAAUACUAUAG